AUGUGGUUCGUGCGCGACGUCCCGGGCAUUGCGUGCGCCGUGAGCACGUGGCUGCUGGUGCUGAGCGGCGCGGGGCUGCUGCUGGUGGAGCAGCUGUGGCCGGCGCAGGACGCGGCCUACGGCUGGGCCCACGGCGCGCUCUCCCACCUGCUGGCCUUCCUGGCGCUGGCGGCGCACCUGCGGACCAUGCUCACCGACCCCGGCGCCCUGCCCGAGGGCUCCGAGUCCAGCCUGGGCGUCACGCCCCGCUGCCCGCAGUGCGGCGCCGUCCCGCAGCCCCUCGCGCACCACUGCUUCGUGUGCGGCCGCUGCAUCCGCCGGGCCGACCACCACUGCCCCUGGGUGAACAACUGCGUGGGCGAGGACAACCGGAAGUACUUCGUGCUGUUCACGCUGUACACGGCGCUGGCCGCGCUGCACGUGCUGCUGCUGCUCGCGGUGCCGGCGCUGCGGGCCUACGCGCAGGGCCUGUGGGACCCGCACGCCCCGCCGCGGCCCCGCGCCCCGCGCGUCUUCCUCUUCUUCGUGGCCCUGGAGGGCUUCCUUUUCGCCACCCUGAUGUUCGCCGUCCAGAUGCACUCCAUCUGCACGGACCAGAGCCGACGGGGCAGCGGCGGGACGACCUGCAGCUCCGUGUGGAUGAACUUGAAGGACGUCUUGGGCCACCCGGCCUCCCUGGCCUGGAUGAGCCCCUUUGUCUCCCCGGAACCUCAGAGGGCCAGUGGGCACCACGAUGUGGUCUGA